AUGUCUUCGCAAACUUCAAAUCAAAAUCAAAAUAAGCCCAUGUUCCACGCUACAUUUCUUGAUGGUAUCCGUGGUGUGGCAGCUUUAAGUGUCGUUUAUGCUCACUCCCAGACUGUGUAUAAACAAAGUUUGACUUUUAAUACAUUCAACAAAGUGGGAACUUAUGGAGUAAUCAUGUUCUUUGUGCUUUCCGCUUUUUUACUUACUCUUCGGGUGCUAUUGGAUUGGGAACAGUAUCACGAAAAGAGAAAAAAGAAAAAAGAUACUGAUUCAGUUGUAAAUCAUUUAGAAAGUGGUGUGGAUCUCGAACAAAACUUAUCAAACGUUCCACUCUUAUCAGCGACGGAUUCUGAUAACAUUACUGAAAUAUCCUCAUUAGAAGAAAAACCUGUCAAUUUUUUUCGCUAUUAUAUACGACAAAAAAUAUGGUUAAAAUAUCAGAUACCAAUAAAAUUUUGGUUAAAGUUCUUUCUUCGUCGAUUUAUGCGUGUAUACCCACCGUAUGCAAUUAUUUUAUUGUUUAUUGCAUUUAAUGGUUUUGUGAGAAAAUCAUAUAGAAAAUUUAUGGAUUCCUCGACUUUAAUUCAGCAUCUAUUUUUUCAAGCGGAUUAUUAUUAUAUUUUUUGGACUAUUCCUAUAGAAUUAACG